UUCUUCCUGUGAAGGUGGCUUCCCACUCUUUGCUGCCUCCUGCUGACCUGGAAGAAAGAGACCUGCUCUCUCACUCGGCCUCCUUAGAGGACGUGAAGACGGCAGUCGUUGGUUUACUUGUCAUUUUCCAGACCAAGCUGUACAGCUUGCCUGCCAGCCACGCCAUGCGAGUCUACGAGAUGCUCGUCCAUCACCUGCAGCUCCACUAUAAGCACAAGUACAGCCUCCCUGUUGCCAGCAGCAUCCGCCUGCAGGUAUUCGACUUCUUGCUCUCACUUCGCGCCGACGCUCUUCUCCACCGCCUGGGCCUCCCCACCAAAGACGGCCUUGUGAGGUUCAGCCCCUACUGCCUCUGCGAUUCGGCGGAGCCCGAGAAGAAGCUUGCCAGCACUCUGUCCCCUCCCUCGGGAAGUCCAAGCGGCCCCCCUCAGAACGCCCCCAUCCGCACAGGCCACCUGUCUUACUCGCUCCUCUUUGGAGUUCUUCUGCAGUGCCUGAAGCAGGUGAGUGAGGAGCCAAAGGGGACGAAAGCCAGGUGGCCUGAGUUCUCGGUGUCCAGCCAGGAUCGGACUGAGGCCAGAGGCCCUCGUGGGCUGAAGCACAAAGCGGAGGGUCAAGGCAGCUUCUGCCAAUAG